AUGUUGAGGUUAAUUGCUGUUCGAGGAGGUCUCGGCCUGCUGGCUGUCAGGAGGACAUGUUUUCUCUCCAGAUCAGCCCACUCUGCCCCGAAGAACGAGUACCGACCAAUCAAGAAAGUCAUGGUGGCCAACAGAGGUGAGAUAGCCAUCAGAGUGUUCAGAGCCUGCACUGAGUUGGGGAUUCGCACUGUGGCUGUUUAUUCUGAGCAGGACACUGGACAGAUGCACAGGCAGAAGGCAGAUGAGGCCUACCUGAUUGGUAAAGGCCUGCCGCCUGUUGCCGCAUACCUGCACAUCCCAGACAUCAUCAAAGUGGCCAAGGAUAACAACGUGGAUGCCAUUCACCCUGGUUAUGGUUUCCUCUCUGAGCGGUCAGACUUUGCUCAGGCAUGUUCAGAUGCAGGAGUGAUGUUCGUAGGACCGACCCCAGAGACGGUCCGCAAGAUGGGAGACAAAGUGGAGGCUCGAUCCCUGGCAAUAAGUGCAGGUGUGCCUGUUGUCCCAGGAACAGAUUCCCCCAUUUCCUGUCUGCAGGAGGCACAAGCAUUUGCUCAGACAUACGGCUUUCCAAUCAUCUUCAAAGCAGCCUAUGGAGGAGGUGGUCGAGGCAUGAGGGUGGUCAGAGAGUAUGAGGAACUUGAGGAGAAUUACCAGCGGGCCUACUCUGAGGCCCUGACAGCUUUUGGGAACGGAGCCCUGUUUGUUGAGAAGUUUAUUGAAAAGCCAAGACACAUUGAAGUGCAGAUCCUUGGUGAUAAAUAUGGUAAUGUCAUCCAUCUCUACGAGAGGGAUUGCUCCAUUCAGCGGAGACACCAAAAGGUUGUGGAGAUUGCCCCUGCCUUCCAGCUGGACCCCCACCUGAGAGACAGACUUCACUCUGAUGCCGUCAACUUGGCCAAACAGGUAUAG